UGUAUGCAUUGCGGUCACUUCGUCAUGUUGCAUUUGUGACAAUUAAUUAUUCAAGGCAAGAGCGUUUGAGGCCAAGCGCCCGCUCCCGAAGAUAUUAUAUCGCGUCCCGCGCGCUUACAGACAAUAAACUGUAGACAACUGGUGAUUAAUAACACCAUAACUCUACAGCCAGUGGGUUCAGGCAAAAUGGAUACCAGAGCCUGCUUUACCCUAUUCCCAGCUCUGCCGACCGAACUGCGAUGGAAGAUAUGGGAACAUGCAUUAGCGAGCCAUUAUAUCGUCGAUUUCAUACCUAAGCCAAGUGCUCGGGAGGUUUUCAUGGAGGGAAUGGAGCCAUCCUCUAUGGGGCCCAUCCUGUCUAUGGAUAAUUCGCGCAUUUCUCAGGCAUCUAAAGAAUCCUGGCUCGUAAUACAGGAGCCAUAUCGCAAACUUGAAGUCACAGCCUGUACUAUGCAUGCUCCGUACCGUUAUACGGACUUCAUCGAUUUUUCGAGAUCGACCUUCUACCUGAACCACGGGAAGUCUACCCUCAACUGUGUCUCUGCCUUAACGCCUGCUCCUAUCUCUACCCACGUUAAAAGCUUGACCGUUGCCUGGUGCACAUAUAGGGAUAUUAUUGAGGUCUUGAAGCGCAUUACAAUGUUUCAAGCUCUUCAACAGCUUGUUAUUUUAAUCCCUGAAAAGCUUGAGGUGGGAGUUCCUCCUGACUUCCGUGCUACGAUGACAGUACUUGAUCUUUAUCUUGGGGGCAAGAAGAGUUGCCAGAUAAAGAAUCCUCUUGGGGCUGGAGGCCAGAUAAGAUUACUACUGCACGAAUUUAUGGAAGGCCAGUGUCCGCAACUUGGCCCAAAAUGGCCCACGAUCGAAGUCGUGCAUGUUCCAGAUCCGCUGUGACCUGGGAUUUCUAUGCCAUUUAUACAUUGAUCACACCAGGGAUCAGAAUUCGAGGUAACGGAUGCGGUGCGAUAGUUUCCAGAGAUGGGCUGAGUUACCCAGAGAAAGACGUAGGGUGCUAGAGGGCGACGGACAGAAGCCAACAGCACAGAGCACGGAGAUAAUCAGCACCUCUCAAACGACCAGGAGCAGUGGAGGCGAGCGGUCGAAGAAUCAAACAAAUCCAUGGAAUUCAUUCUAUUGCCCCCCUUCUCCUACUGAACCAUGUAAUAUGUUAUCUAGUAUCUACAACUCAUGUCUUCCUCGUUGGCUUCAUACGUUCGCGGACGUAGGGAGCAUAACGCAAACAAGACCAUGCUUCAGAUCUUUGAAUUAAUCGCUCAUUCCAGAAUCCAUAGUUGGAAAAUCCAAACGGCCUGCUCGCUGAUAUCUCCAAG